AUGGCUGCUGCUGCUAAGGGCGGGCUCGCCCAAAACGAAACAAGGCCGCCGGUCCCAAUCAUGACUGCGCCCAAGCUCAGCGUCAAGAUGUCGGCUGCCGAGCUAAUCGGCAACACGCCGCUCGUCCGCCUGAACAAGAUCCCCCAGUCGUUGGGAAUUGAGGCGGAAGUGUACGCCAAGGUUGAACUAUUCAAUGCCGGUGGCAGCGUCAAGGACAGGAUAGCACUCCGGAUGAUCGAGGAGGCUGAGAAGAGCGGGCGGAUCAAGCCCGGAGACACUCUCAUUGAGCCCACCAGCGGCAAUACAGGCAUCGGUCUGGCCCUAGUUGGCGCCAUCAAAGGAUACAAGACCAUCAUCACCCUCCCCGAAAAGAUGUCUGCCGAAAAAGUCUCCGUUCUCCGCGCGUUGGGCGCUACCAUCAUCCGAACCCCGACCCAGGCCGCCUGGGACAGUCCCGAAAGCCACAUCGGCGUGGCCAAGCGCUUGCUGAAGGAGAUCCCCAACUCCCACAUCCUCGAUCAGUACACCAACGAGAACAACCCGCUCGCCCACGAGUUCGGCACGGCCGAGGAGAUAUGGGCGCAAACAGGUGGCAAGGUCACGGCUAUUGUCGCCGGGGCGGGCACCGGAGGCACCAUCACGGGUCUUGCCAAGGGCCUCAGGAAACACGAUCCAAACGUCAAGGUCAUUGCGGCCGACCCCCACGGCAGUAUCCUUGCCCUGCCGGAAAGCUUGAACCAAGAAAGGGCAAAUAUUCCGUACAAGGUUGAAGGUAUCGGCUACGACUUUGUGCCUGACGUCCUUGACCGUGAGCUUGUGGACAAGUGGUACAAGACCGAUGAUCGCGAAUCGUUCCAGUUUGCGCGACGCUUAAUCGCCGAGGAAGGUCUUCUAGUAGGCGGCAGCUCCGGCAGCGCAAUGGCGGCCAUGGUGCGGGCAGUGAAGGAUUUUGGGUUUGGCAAAGGCGAUGUGGUCGUGGUUGUCCUUCCAGACAGUAUCCGCUCUUAUCUGUCAAAGUUCGCCGACGACGAUUGGCUAGCAGCUAAUGACCUCCUGCCUAAUGAUGCCGAGAACAUCACGGGCAACAACGACACUGCAGAACCCAAGACCCCAGGCCUCGGUCCUAGCGACCCCUACUCUGGGGCCACGGUCCGGGCCCUCCGCCUCAAGCCAGUCACCUCCAUUCUCGCCACGAGCCCAUGCUCCGAGGCAAUCGAGAUCAUGCGCGAGAAGGGAUUUGACCAGCUGCCGGUACUUUCGCCCACGGGCGGUAAGCUAGCGGGGUUAGUCACGCUUGGUAAUCUCCUCAGCUUCAUCUCGCGCGGCCGCACGUCACCCAAGAGCCCGGUGAGCGAAGUCAUGUUUGACUUUAGCCGCAUUGACGAGGUCGUGACGGACCCGCGCAGGUUUGGCUCGGAUCUCAAGGGCAAGAAGCGCAAGUUUGUCCAAAUCACCAUGGACACUCCGCUGUCUGCGCUGAGCCGGUUCCUGGAAUGGAACAGUGCCGCGGUGGUAACCGAGAAGGGACAGCCCGGCGAGGUCUCCAAACCCGUUGCUGUUGUCACAAAGGUGGAUCUGUUGACCUGGAUGGUGAAGCAGAAGUCAUGA